UCAAAACUUCGACGUUUCUAGUCGAUCAUAGAACAGAGUUUUAGAGAGAGAGAGAGAGAUCAGCGAUUUGAACCAUGGAUGAAAGCUUAGCUGUUAUCGAAGAGAUUCUAAGAGAAGAGAGAGGCGAAAUCGAAUUGGCGGCAGGAUGGAAGGUAGUUUCAUAUCCGAAACGCCAGAAGAAACGAUCAGCGAUGGCGUUUGAGAAUGGAGUUUCUGAGAAUCUGCGAUUUGAUGAACUCUCGGAGGAACAUCGUCUCUUAGUUGAAUCUCAGAAAGCCGCUUUGGAUCACUUCUAUUCAGCCAAAUUUAAAGACGAACCACCGGCUCAAGGUGUUGAUGAUGUUGUUGAUCAAUCUCAAGUUGAUGCGAUUAGAAAUGACGGCGAUGAAACCGACGCGAUUCAGAUUAAGACGAAGAAAACGAAGAAGAAGAUUAAGAAGAAGAGUAUCAGUGUAGCGGAAGCUGCUGCUAAAAUCGAUGAAUCUGAUUUCCUAGCUUUCCUUGCUGAAAUAACCGUUUCGAAUGAAUUUCAGCAGGAUAUUCAGCUACUGCGAUUUGCUGACUAUUUUAGCCGUGCAUUUGCAUCAGUAACUGUUUCUCAGUUUCAAUGGCAGAUGAUUCUGAACGAAUCUCCUGUUUCGAAGAUGGUUGAUAUCCCUCUUGUGCAUAUACCAGAACCGAUAGCGAUAGCUUCAAUGGAUUGGAUUAACUCUAGAUCCGUUGAUGCUCUCGGUUCUUUCGUUUUAUGGUCAGUCGAUCAAAUUCAGGCUGAAUCCGCUACCAAGGAUGAUUCAAAGACAGUUAAUCAUUCUCCUUCCAAAUCUAAGGCUGAGAUGUUUGUUGUUCUAGCAAUGGCAUUGCGUAAGAAACCAGAUGUUUUGACUAGUCUUGUUCCUAAAAUGAAAGAAAAUUCGAAGUUUCUCCUUCAAGAUAGGCUCCCAAUUACAGUAUGGAUGAUUGCUCAGGCUGCUCAAGGUGAUUUAGUUGUCGGUCUCUAUGCGUGGGCAAAUCUUCUUUUACCUAUGAUUAACAAGCCGGGUUUCAAUCCACAAUCCAGAGACAUGAUCUUACAGUUGGUUGAGAGAAUCAUAUCGGCACCUAAAGCUCGCCCGAUUCUUCUGAAUGGAGCUUCAAGGAAAGGUGAACGCUUGGUGUCUGUUAAAUCGCUAGAGAUUCUGAUGAGAUCCACAUUUCCACCUCCAUCAGCUAGAAUCAAGGCAACUGAAAGGCUUACUGGUAUUUACCCAAUCUUGAAAGAAGUGGCUCUUGCUGGCUCCCCUUUGAGCAAAUCGAUGAAGCAAACGAUUCUAGAUUUAUUCGAGAUGGUAAUGAAAUUAGCUGCUGUUGGAGAAGAAGAUCUAUCGAAAGAAGCAAGCGAUAUUUCUGUUUGGUGUUUGGCUCAGAAUCCAAACUGCUACCAGAAAUGGGAUGAUAUUUAUCUAGACAAUGUUAAAGCAAGUGUAAUCGUCCUCAGAAAGCUGGAUGCUGAAUGGAGCCCAGCCUGUUCUAACAAUUUGAAGGCAGUUUUAAUGAGUUUCAGAAACAAGAACAAAGGAGCGAUGGAGAAAGAACAAGGCAAAUCUCUGGAGGAGGCGGAAAGGCAAUGCAAGCUAAUACUGUCCAAAAGAUUUCCAAGGAUUCGCGGGUGUGCUGAGAUUGCGAUGUUCAUUUCGGUUGGUUUAGUUGCGACGGUUGCUGCUGCGGUCGCAUAUGGAGGACCUGAUUCAUGGGAAAUGUUUGGAGGUAUAAAUAGCUUCACUCAAUGAGUUAAUUUUAUACUUACUAUAAACAAUAAUAAUAUCUCAUAAAUUUAAGAAACGGUUUGCUUAAAUUGGAUUAGAAUUGACUAAAGUAUAAUAAGAAUAUUUUGAUUCUUAUUGAAUUAUAUUUUGGAUUAUUUUUCA